CGGAGCAUCACUUGCCCUGAUUUCUUCAAUGUCUUCAUUGGCAUCCACAACUACUGUAUUUAUGAAGCUGCUUCAAGAGUUACAACGACUUUUGACGGUAGAAGAGGGUUACAGGGACGAAUUACUCAAAGCGACUUAUGAGGAGAUAUUGCGUGGAGUCGGUGAUGCCCAACGGCCUCUCGCUCUGCGAUGGUGGUUUGCUAAUUGUGGAGAAGAGAGCCAAAACAAUGGGUAUUCCGUGGUCAAUCCACGCUCGAGCUUAUAG